UGUGGCAAGGGGAGGAACUGAUACAUUAACAGCAGAUCCAGAAUGAUGUAAACUGUUCAUGUGUGUGGAGGUGACCAUGCUAAAAAGGGAGACAAAGCCAGACAGUGACAGACCACGGAAAGUCCGGUUUCGGAUUGCAUCAUCUCAUAGUGGCAGAGUUCUGAAGGAGGUCUAUGAAGAUGGACAACCAUCUGGCUCUCUGGAUUCUGAAUGUGCCAGUGUCUGUGGGAUAGAUGGACUAAGUGACUCUGAGGGACAGCAAAAUGGCCACAUUGGAUUGGAAGGUGAUCAGCAUGAGAAAGAUCAGGAUAAUUUGUUGGUAUUAGCAAGGGCAGCCAGUGAGAAGGCUUUUGGUACAAGAAGAGUCAACAUUUUAAGCAAAAAUGGCACAGUCAGAGGCGUCAAAUACAAAGUGAGUGCUGGCCAAGCACUGUUUAACAAUUUGACCAAGGUAUUACAGCAGCCUUCACCUGACCUCGAAUUUGACCGUGUGGUGAUUUACACCACCUGUCUUCGCGUGGUAAGGACAACCUUUGAGAGAUGUGAACUUGUUAGAAAGAUCUUCCAAAACCAUCGAGUAAAAUUUGAAGAGAAAAACAUAGCUCUUAAUGGUGAAUAUGGAAAAGAGUUGGAUGAGAGAUGCAGACGAGUUUCCGAAGUGCCUUCUCUCCCUGUCGUGUUCAUCGAUGGCCAUUAUCUUGGGGGUGCUGAGAAAAUUUUGUCAAUGAAUGAAUCAGGAGAACUACAAGACCUCUUAACCAAAAUUGAGAGAGUACAGCAUCCACACGAGUGUCCCUCCUGUGGAGGCUUUGGCUUCCUUCCAUGUUCUGUGUGCCAUGGGAGCAAGAUGUCAGUGUUUCGAAACUGCUUCACGGACUCUUUCAAAGCCUUGAAGUGCACAGCUUGCAAUGAGAAUGGUCUCCAGCGUUGCAAGAACUGUGUGGGCUAAUUGAAGCAUCUAUCCAGGAAAAUCUUCAUUUAUUAAACAAAAGCUAAAAUUUAUACUUUUUUAAAAGGAAAGUAAUGUUUUUAGAUUAAAUAAUAAAGUUUGUAUAUUAUAA